GACAAUUCUCGCGAGAAAACGCGUUACUUCCUCAUAUGACUCGCCAUAUUGAAAAACAUUGACAUAAAAUAUUUUACAUUUUGCUAUAUUACUGCCAUAAUAUAAAUUGUUUCGAAAAACAGCAAAUAUCCAAGGCAAAAGUAGAUACUAUUUUAUUGUUCGCAUCCAACAAUUGUUCAAUAUGGCUGCCGGCGGGGGCCGCAAUUUCUCCUUCAAAGUUGUGCUUCUUGGAGAGGGUUGCGUUGGAAAAACAUCACUGGUUCUCAGAUACGUAGAAAACAAAUUCAACGAUAAACAUCUCACAACAUUACAGGCAUCGUUCCUGAACAAAAAACUGAACAUCAAUGGUAAAAGAGUAAAUUUAGCAAUAUGGGAUACAGCUGGCCAAGAAAGAUUCCACGCAUUAGGUCCUAUUUAUUACAGAGACAGUAAUGGUGCAAUUUUAGUUUAUGACAUCACAGACGAAGACUCAUUUCAUAGGGUUAAAAACUGGGUUAAAGAACUAAAGAAAAUGUUGGGAAAUGAUAUAUGUUUAUGCAUAGCUGGAAACAAAAUAGAUUUAGAAAAAGAUAGACACGUCACUGUUCAAGAGGCGGAAUCAUAUGCAGCCUCAGUUGGAGCCAAACAUUUUCACACAUCAGCUAAGCUCAACAAAGGAAUAGAAGAACUUUUCUUAGAUAUAAGCAAAUCAAUGAUGGACAAAUCUGGUGAUGAUUUAACCAAACCCACAGGCCCAACUCGAGGCGGCAACUCUACGAGGCGUAGUGUUAUGGUCGUGGAUGACGACCAAGUAGAACAACCAAAAUCUGGAGGGUGUUGCUAAACCUGAAAAAAAUAAAUAUAUCCCAAUUGUUAUAAAAGUUGCUUAAUUUAUAUAACUGAGCGACUGAUUGGAGACAAAACUGAUCAGCAUCGAGUGCAAUGCAUGCUGGUC